AUGGCUGAAAUCCUCUAUUUAACUAUGGAUGGAGAACCUCCCAAUGGAGGAUUGCCCCCGAACUUGGGAACUUUUGCACACGCGCCACAGCCACAAUUUCCUGCUCCUGGAUUUCCAAUGUUUGUACCAGGCCCGCCUUCACAGGCACCUGUUGAACAAGCCCCUCUCCAAGGAUUUUUUGGACCAGCAUUUUUCCCUCCAGUCUUCCCUGCCAACAUGUUUGAUUUCCAGCCCCAACAAGCACAGCAGUUUGGUAUGCAGGAGCCUGCUUUUAACCCUGGGCCCCCUGCCCCUCCCAACUACCAAAACCCGCACGGCGGUAUUAUGCCGGGCACAACCGAUCAACCGCUUGUUCUGCCUGGAGGGCAUGGAUAUAUAUUCCCACCACAUAACACAACCAUCCACUUAUUCCGCUGCACAACUCACUACCCUUGGGAUUCCCACGACGGAAUCUUCGAUUUCGUGACAUACCAGGCUCCAACCAAUAUGACCGUGGCAGAUCUUAUUAGGCAAAUAUGCCCACAGGGUGAUGCUAUAAGAGGACGCGGACUCAUUGAAUGCCAACAAGAGGUCUUCGGGGGUACGACCAGAUUUACUAGGGGCCAAGAAUAUUUCAUUGGAGAAGGGAAAGGAGAAGCUGCUGCCAUGCAAGAGAUUGUAGGCAAAACUCUCACAGAAGUUGGCUGGAAUGAACACCGGAGGGCAAAUGCAAAUCCGGUUUGGCUGGCCAGCUCCCUCAGCUUGCAAUGA